AUGGUGAUAAGAUUUUAAAAUGCCUCUUGUCGUACUUUGUGGUUAUCCUUGCAGUGGUAAAACUUUUAGAGCUAAACAAUUAGAAAAUUAUUUAAUAAAAGAACAUAAAUUGAAAGUGAUAUUAAUUAGCGAUGAAGAAGGACUUUGUGAUAGGAAUACUUUAUACAAUGAUACUUCAAAAGAAAAAGAAUUACGUAGUUCUUUAAAAUCUAAUGUUCAAAAGAAUAUAUCCAAGAAUGAUGUAGUAAUUUUGGAUGCUUCUAACUAUAUAAAAGGUUACCGAUAUGAACUGUAUUGUAUUUCAAAAGCUGCUAAAACUAUUCAUUGUGUGAUACAUUGUGAUGUAAGUAUAGACAUUUGCUGGGAAUGGAAUAUAAAUUGUAAAAAUAAAUACACAAGAGAAGUUUUUGAUGCACUCAUUCAAAGAUUUGAAUGUCCAGAUUCUAGAAAUAGAUGGGAUUCUUCACUUUUUACAGUUCAUUCAGAUGAAACUCUUCCCUUUACGGAUAUACAUAAAGUACUUUUUAUGAAGAAACCACCACCGCCAAAUCAAUCAACUCAGUCGCAACCAUUAGCAGCAACAAAUUUUCUGUAUGAAUUGGAUAAUAUUACACAAAAUAUUACAAAGACAAUUGUUAAUGCUCAAAAAACAUCUGUUCCUGGAGAUCUGAUUUCUAUUGAUGGUGCAACAGAACAUAUUAUAUUAACUAGAACAUUGACAAUGCCAGAACUAACAAGAUUAAGGCGUCAGUUCAUUUCAUAUACAAAGAUGCAUCCAGUUGAUGAUAUGAAAAAAAUUCCUAACUUAUAUGUACAGUAUUUAAAAAAUAGUUUAUAAUAAAAAAAUUUAUUAUAUGA